AGCCCAUUGGAGUGCGUACUUGUUUUCUAGUUUCUACCAUUGAAGGUAAGCGACGGGGGAAAGGAAUUCUAUGGGAGGCAGAGGAGCUGUCGACGCCUCGCCGUCCGAUUUCGCGCCGCCGCACUAUGCCUCCACCACCGCCCGAGCCACCGACCUUGUCUCCGGCAUCAAGGAGCAGGGCAAAGCCCUGAUCUCCUCCCAGCGCCCCUGGGCGCAGCUCCUCGACCCGAGCGCCCUCUCUCUCCCCGCCAACUCAACCCUCGCCGCCGCCCGCUUACCCCGCAACGUCGCCUACUUCCGCUCCAACUACGUCCUCGCGGUGCUCGCCGUGCUCGCCGUCUCCCUCCUCUGGCACCCCGUCGCCCUUGCCGCCCUCGUCUCCCUCGCCGCCGCCUGGAUCUUCCUCUUCUUCGGCCGCAAUCAGCCGAUCCUCCUCUUCGGUCGAUUCCUCGACGAAGGGACCGUCCUCGGCGUUCUGUGCGUCGUCACGGUUGUCGCCCUCAUCUUCUCCAGCGUCGGAUCGACCGUGUUCGGAGCGGUCGCGGUCGGUGCCGCCCUCGUCUGCCUCCACGCCGUGCUCCGCGGAACGGAUGAUCUCUUCCUCGACGAAGAAGCGGCGGCGAGUGGCGGAUUGCUUGCGCCAGCAAAACCGGAGAUCCGUCCUCGGAUAGUGUGAAUAUUGCUUUCUAGGGUUCGAAAUGAUCGGUAAUGUAAUUUCUCGUUACGAUUCGAGAUGAAGGAUUGGGAACUAGUUGCUCUUUCAAUGUCUCUGUAUCGAGAAAAGAACUUCGUGUAUUUUUGCUUUUUUAAACAAUUUGCUUGAUCUUAAAUGGACCGAACCAUGCUUUCUGCA